UCUCCUCUCCCCUUGUCCUCACCUCCAGCCCUCCUCUCCACUCAUCUGCUGCAACCCUCCAUUCAUCCGGAACCCUGAGCAAAGUCAAUUCUUCAUCCUCCCCCAAAUCAGACUUCAUCAUCAUGGACACCACAAGGAACAUCCUCUCCAUCUCCAAAGCAGUCUACCACCUGAUCGUUGUGAUGCUGACACUGGGCCAAAGCAUUCAUUCAAUGCCUGUUCCUACUGAAGGCCCCAUGUGCACAGCCUCAGAAACAGCCCAGUACAAGCUGACGUUUUCUGGCAAGUGGACCCAUGCAGCUUUCCCUAAACAGUACCCGGUCUACCGUCCCCCUGCACAGUGGUCAAACAUCAUUGGUGUGACCCACAGCUCUGACUACCACAUGUGGCAGCGUAAUGGCUUCGCCAGCAACGGAGUGAGGGAGUUUGCAGAGAAAGGCGAGGCCUGGACGCUCAUGAAGGAAGUCGAAGCGGCCGGCGAACGCAUCCAGAGUGUUUAUGGGGUCCUCUCCGCUCCCGCUGUUGUGAGAGGCACAGGCCAGAUGAACACUGAGUUUGAGGUCUUCGCCAGGCACUCUUAUCUGUCGUUUAUCGUGCGCCUCGUUCCAAGCCCGGACUGGUUUGUGGGCGCGGAGAGCGUUGACCUGUGUGACGGCGACCACUGGAAAGACAACGUGUCGCUGGAGCUUUUCCCAUACGACGCAGGAACCGACAGCGGGUUCACCUUCUCUUCUCCCAACUUCGAGACCAUCCCACAGGACAAAAUCACACAGAUCACUUCUUCCUUCCCCAGCCACCCUGCCAACUCCUUUUACUACCCCCGCCUGAAGCACCUGCCGCCCAUCGCAAAGGUAAUGCUGACUAAGAUAAAGAAGACCAAUCAGAUCAUCAGCCUACCUGUGGAGCCCACCCAGUCCAAACAACUGCCAACAGGAAACGAGAUUGAGGACAGACUCAUAAAUACCCCUCUGGACUGCGAGGUGUCAGUGUGGUCUCCUUGGGGCUUGUGCAAAAGCAAGUGUGGAGACUCUGGCGUGCAGCACCGCACACGCUAUGUCAUCAUGCACUCAGCCAACAGCGGAAUAGCUUGCCCCCUGCUGGAGGAAGACAGGAAGUGCUCUUCGGACAACUGUUUAUGACUAGGCCAGGAAACGAGGGAGAAGAAAGAGAGGAGAGAGAAGAAAGAGAGGAAAUCCAGGAAUGGGAGGAAAGGACGAAGACGGAGAAACAACAGAAGAAGGUCUGCGGCGUAUGCGCACGAGGCAUAAGUAUGAUGAAGAGGACGCCAUUAUUAUCUGUGGAGAUGAUUGUCUGACUGUUUAACUGCAGAAAAGGUCUCAUCCUCACGUCCCAUUGAUAGAUCUGACAGCACUAGAGCAAUGUAGUUUGGCACAACAGCUAUUAGACACAAAUUUAGUUUUGGCAGAUUAUCUAAACUGUCUGGGGAUAGAACAAUGCUGUUUUAAACAUAGCUAUUAACCGAAAACUCAUUUCACAUUAUAACUUGGUUUUAAGUGGACAUUUCUGAAGAUCACAGACACAGUGGCUUACAAGAGUCAGCAGAAAUUAAUGUUCGGUCCUCCCCGCAUUCAAAACAUAAAGUUCACAGAGACGCUGUGGUGGUUUUUCUAAAGACAAAGAAUAUAUUUAUUGACAGGAUUUUAACCUGUAGUGUACAGUAUAUCAA